CAAUGCAUGCCGGGACCACCGCCCCUUAGGCGGAGCCUAACUCGAGAUCAGAGCGCGGGACCGAGGAAAGUACGGGUCCCGAGAGGUUGACGGCGCUCUGGCAGUUGAGUGAAGUCUGGUGGCUCCUGAGGAGUGCAAAAAUAAAAGGCCCUCAACAUUGCAAGUAGCCUAGAGGGAAGUGAGAAAGCAUCUAAAAAUGAAGGCUUUUCAGACCAUCUGCAGACAGCUCAGAAGUUCAAAGGGGUUUUCUCUAGAACCAACCGCCCAUGUGGAUUUUUCCACUUCCUCUUACUUUUGUAGCCGGAAGAAAAAAGUGAACCCUUAUAAAGAAGUAGACCAGGAAAAGUACUCUGAUUUAGUACAAUCUGUCUUGUCAUCCAGAGGCCUUGCUCAGACUCCAGAAUCAUUGUUUGAGGAAGAUAAUUUACUCUAUGGACCUGUGAGUAAGUGUAAGCCCCAAAAGCAAGAUGAGGAAGCAAAAGCUCCACGAAACUGGUGUCCUCUCUUAAUUCCAGAGAGAAGCGUAAAACCAAAUGCAACAAGCACUCCUACAAUUCCUUUGAGAAUCCCUUUGCAAAGAAAUACCAUACCAAGUGUGACCAAGAUCCUUCAGCAGACCAUGACAUCAGAACAGAUUUUCUACUUGGAGAGGUGGAAACAGCGGAUGAUUCUGGAACUGGGAGAGGAUGGCUUUGCCGAAUAUUCUUCAAAUAUAUUUUUACAAGGGAAACGGUUCCAUAAAGCCUUGGAAAGCAUACUUGCACCCCAAGGGGACUUGAAAGAGAGAGAUGAGAAUCUCGAAUCUGGAUAUAUCGAAAGUGUCCAGCAUAUCCUGAAAGAUGUCAGUGGAGUGCGAGCUCUUGAAAGCGCUGUUCAGCAUGAGACCUUAAAGUAUGUAGGUCUACUGGACUGUGUGGCUGAAUAUCAGGGCAAGCUGUGUGUGAUUGAUUGGAAGACAUCAGAGAGACCGAAACCUUACAUUCGAAAUACAUUUGACAACCCGCUGCAGGUUGUGGCCUAUGUUGGUGCCAUAAAUAAUGAUGUCAACUAUAGCUUUCAGCACGGCAACAUGGAGACCCGUCUGCACCACCCUGUGCGUGCAGCCUCACAGCCCAACGAAUCUGGGUCACUGGCUCAGAAAAGAGGAGUGAGAUAAAUUAGGAACGAGGCUAUUUACAAACUGGCAGGAGACUGUGGCUCCCAGCAGAGCAGGCUUUCCUUGAGCGAUCCCAACUCCCCAGUGGAGAGGUGGUCAAGUGCCUGCAUCAGCUUCAUUCCCUCAAACCGCCACAGAGGGCUGAGCGGGGUCCCAAUUACCAUGCUUCCAAAUCUGGGACUUGGACUGUCUGUUGUGAAGACUUUUCAAAUCAUCGUCUACAAAGAUUUAAAAGUGCCUGACAAUGUUAGAUAUUAAUCAUCAAAGACAUAGGUACUUUUUUUUGAGAUUUUAUUUAUUAGAGAGAUGGAGUGAGCACGAGUGGGGGAGGGGCAGCAGGCAGAGGGAGAAGCAGGCUUCCUGCUGAGCAGGGAGCUCGUUGCGGUGCUUGAUCCCAGGACCCUGGGACCAUGACCUGAGCCAGCUUAACCGACUGAGCCACCCAGGUGCCCCACAUAAGUACAUUUGUAAAGAUCUGUACAAAAAUGUUCCAUGAAAGAUAAAGGUAUAAAUAAAGCAGUGUUGCUGAAAAGCUUAUACAACAUGCAUUGAAUUAAGUACUGUUACUAAAAUAAUGGGAUAUUAAAAGUUAAACAAAACAGUCUCAACAACAACAAGCAAAGGUCAGCUGUGGUUAGAAACACCCAGUCAGGCGGAUCUAGACCAUCCCUCAGCACCAGGCUCCUACCCGUAUCUAAGCUGUUUUUUGUGUGGAUGCCUUUGCCUAAAAUAACUUCCCUUCCUCUGUUCAGCCAGAUCGUCGUUUUCCAAGUGCUUGGGCCUAAACCCCAAUCCGCCCUCAAGUCUUACCAACGCUAACAGGGAAGGGGAUGGUGUAGCGUAGAAGGCACGAGCCUCAGAAUCAGGCAGACACUGAAUCCGGCCUGCUGCCUGUUUCUGUACUGUCUGUGAGCUAACAAUUGUUUUCACAUUUUGAAACAGUUGAAAAAAAUCAAAAGACAAUUUAGUGACACAAGAAAAUUACAAAAAUUCUAAUUUCAGUGUCUAAAAAUAAAGUGUUCUUGGAACACAGCGACACCCACUUGUUUAACAAGUGUCUAUUGUCUACGGCUACAGAGUUAAGUAUGUCCAACAAAGGCUGUAUGACCCGCAAAGCCUAAAAUUUUUGCUAUCUGGACCUGUAGAGAAGAAGUUGGCCGGCUCCUGGUCUGGAUGGGAGCUGAUGGUGACGUGGGCAAGAGAGGUGGCAGGAGAUGCUGGACAAGAGCCAGAUCUGAGAGAUACUUUGGGAGGCUUGCCUGGCCGUUUGGAUGAGUAAGGUUGAGGAAGAGGUGACUCCUUGGUUUGGGGCUUGAGCAGGUGAGUGUUACUUGCUGGAAUGGGAAAGACAAGAGUGAGAACAAACCAGGUGAAAUCCUAGCUCUUCCCCCAUUGUCAGUGCCAUCAGCUAGCUCUGGUGUGUUACGGAUCACCCCGACGUUAGUGGCUUCAAACUUAUUUCUCAUGAGCCUGAGGACAGGCUCUGGUGUAGGGACUCAGCUGGGGCAGGACGAUCUAGGAUGGCCCAUGGUUAG